GAGGAAGCGUGACCAAUUCAGAUUUCAGUUGCAGGACAGCUUCUCUCUAGCCAGCUCUACUCUCUUAUCACAGGGACAUUUCCUCCAGGUUUCGGACCCGAUCUGAUUCGGAGAAUCUCGUGACCAUCGCUUAAUUUUAAAAUGGGGAAAAAAUAAAAAAUAAAUAAAUAAAAAAGGGAGAGAAAAAAAUACAUAUAACCCGUCCACCCUGUUGUAUGCGUCUGUUCCUCGCCUCUAUCCCGUCUCCGCCCUUAUCCCUCUGGCGUGCACGGAUGCCUUUACAGCGGACUACAUCGCUUAGGAGGCGUUAUCCGUUCUCAGAGGCUUGAUGAAUGUAGAUGUGGAUACUUUGCCAAGGACAUCGGGGCAGCGUUACAUGAGCCGAGCGCGGGCGCAAUGACUCGGAGCGCGUCUCCACUUCGGGAAAACACUCCUCGCUUUGGGCUUCUUCUAUAAGCAGCUUGGUUUUUAUGUGUGUAUGUAUGUUUGCGGAUGUGUGUGUGUGUUUGGAUGUAAGUGCUGGACUUGGUGCAAAUAAAAGAAAACCGGUGUUUCUCGAAGCGCAUCUCGGUGUGUUGGACGGAGUCGAAGUUAAGCGCAAGAGCUCAGAAACCAAGAGAAGCCGAAAUUAAGGUUGGUGUAUGAAUGAUUGAGCGAGAGCAGAUGACUGAGGUGCCGAGGGAACAGGAGCACUAGAGCGGAGGCUGUCCCAGCUGUCCCGUGUGAAAGAAAGAGCGAGGUGAAAGAGGGAGGACUGAAAGAAAAGGUGCAGCACGGGCCAUCCGCCCCCCUGCAUCGCACAGGAGUGCAGCCAUGGAGCGAGUGCUCUUGUGCCUGUCUUUGUUGGCGCUGCCCAUUGCCGCUAUGCUGUGCCCAAAGCGUUGCACCUGUCAGAAUCUCCUCCCCUCCUACACGGUCCUUUGUGCCAAGACAGGCCUGCUUUUCGUGCCACCCAACAUUGACCGGCAGACCGCCGAGCUUCGGCUCAUGGACAACUUCAUUACCACACUCCGGCACCGCGACUUCGCCAACAUGAGCAGCCUCAUCCACCUGACUCUGUCUCGCAACACCAUCAGCCUCAUCCUGCCCUAUGCCUUUGCCGACCUGCAGGAGCUACAUGCACUGCACCUUGAUGCCAACCGUCUCACAGCGCUGGAUGACACACAUCUGCAAGGCCUGGUCAACCUGCGCCACCUAAUCCUCGCCAAUAACCAGCUGCAACAAAUUUCCCACGGAGCCUUCCAAGACUUCCUAGAGACUCUUGAGGAUCUGGAUCUGUCCUAUAAUAACCUGGUAAAUGUCCCAUGGGACACUAUAGCUCUCCUUGUCAGUGUCAAUACACUUAGCUUGGAUCACAACCUCAUCGAGUUUGUGCCUGAGGGCAUUUUUUCAAACUUGCACAAGCUAGCAAGGCUGGAUAUGACCUCCAACAAGCUGAAGAAGAUUCCUCCAGACCCACUGUUCUUGCGCAUACCAGUUUAUGCUAAAACAAAGGGCUCACCACUAACUGCACUGGUACUGAGCUUCGGUGGAAAUCCACUGCACUGCAACUGUGAGCUGGUGUGGUUGAGGAGAUUGACACGGGAGGACGACCUUGAGACAUGCGCCUCUCCCAAAGAACUAGCAGGGAAGUAUUUCUGGACCAUCCGUGAGGAAGAGUUUGUGUGCGAGCCACCCAUGAUCACACGCCACACUUCAAAGAUGUUUGUUAUGGAGGGUCAAGAGGUGAGCUUGAGGUGCAGGUCUGUGGGGGAUCCUGAACCUACAACACAUUGGGUCAGUCCAGAUGGAAAGCUGAUUGCAAACACAUCUAGAACAACUGCUUAUGAGAAUGGAUCUCUAGACAUCCUUACAGCCACGGUGAAAGAUUCAGGCGUGUUUACUUGUAUAGCAUCCAAUGCGGCUGGAGAGGCCACGGCCCCUGUGGAACUUGUGGUGAACCCGUCACCACAUUACGACCCUAAACUCGAACCUGAACCAGGACCCUCAGACAUGCCCACCUCCAUCAAGUCAAACAGCAGUGGGGGGCAGACACGAGUGGAACAGCGGGUCAGUGUGACCGAGAUAACAGCUACAUCAGUCACAAUCCGCUGGCCUUCACAAAGCCAUAUCCCUGGGGUUCGCAUGUACCAGAUCCAGUACAACAGCUCCACGGAUGAAAUCCUCAUUUACAGGAUGAUUCCAGCCUCGUACAAGCUGUUUCAGCUGAGUGAUCUGGCCUCUGCACGGGACUACGAUCUCUGUAUCUUGGCCGUUUACGAUGAUGGGGUCACUGCACUCACGGCCACACGCCUCGUCGGCUGCGUGUCAUUCAGCACCGAGCGUGAGUACCACCACUGCCGCUCGCUCCAUGACCAGUUCCUGGGGGGCACCAUGAUCAUUGUUAUUGGAGGCAUCAUCGUGGCAUCUGUUCUCGUCUUCAUCUUCAUCCUGCUAAUGAAAUACAAGCUGCACAGUCAGCAUUACAAGCAAAAGGCAGAGCGCGUCAGCAACGUCUGUUCACAGACCAACGGCGGCCAGCAAGGAGCAGCAUCCAACCCUCCACCACCCAGAUCAUCUUCUUCCUCCGCUUCAGCAAGUAAACCAUCCAUGCUUCUCAGUCAGGAGAGGCCAGAGAGUUAUGGUGCUCAGGAGGGAGGCUAUGGGGCACUCAAAGGCACCACAGUGGUGGACUUAAAUCCAGAAUACGGCAAGUCAGUCAAGGAAGAAGACUCAGUAUCGCAAUAACACAGGGUCAAAUCCCAUCCCCCGUCCUCUCCUCCUCCUUCCCAUCUUCUGCUUUUUUUUUAACCUGGUGCUGGGGUGUCUCUGCCUUACUGAGGAUUUCCUUAUGUCCAAGGCAAAUUCAGUCUAGAUGGAAAAUUAAAUUGCCUUGGAUUGGAGCCAAUACACUCCUGGGAGGAGAGGUGGGUGGAAGCCAGUAACUGUUUUCAGUCCCUUAUGCAAGCUUCUUAACAAACAAUGGAUAUUAAUGAGCCUGUAUGGAGCAUAUGGGCAAAAUUUUGUCCUACACCUAGGCCAUCACUCUUAGAGAAAAAUAAUAUGAAAACAUGACCAUUACUAUUGGACCAGACGAGUGAAAACACAUCACUAAUGGAAUCUGUCGCUACUCUUUCACAAACCUGUGGAAACUAAAUGGACGCCAUGAUUCAUUCAUGCUAUUCAGUCACCGUAGGAUGUCCAGGCUGCAGAAAAUGCAGAGUCAAAGGAAUGUUCUGAAAUAUUUCACAUUUCUGAAUGGAAUGUGAAAUGUUCCAAUUUGAUGCAUAACACUCCGUGGAAAUCUAAUAUUCACACACGCCAUUGAAGUACAGACAUACUGAUAGCAAGUAUCCAUUUUGGUGUACUUUUGGGGCACUUUAUGAUAUUCCACUCUUCUAUUCUCUCUCAAUUUUCCCCCUUACAAAGGGAACUGGACAUUGGACAUUUAUUCAACUGGUAAUCAGGCAUGGUUGUACAAGAGAUUUGUUUUGAAAAAAAAAAAAGAAGAAAAGAAAA